AUGACUCGCAGUCAGGUCAAGAUGGGCAUGCACUGCUCUCGAGCUUAUAUAGAAAUGCCCCUAAUUGAUAUAACACCUCAUCCAGAAUAUUCCAAAUUUGGUGUCGGAAAUAGUUUGGCCCUAAUAAAACUCCUUCGUCCAGUCAAAUCAAAUUACAUGGUACCGAUUUGUCUACCAUCACUAACGGAACGCGAAAAAAAAAGAAGGAAUAAAUUCGUUUUCAUGGUCGAUUACUUAAGUUCUGUGCCGAGAGAUUUUGAUUCGGAAAAAAUGGCUAAGAAAAGUUUAAAAAUGUACACACAUAAAGAAUGCAGGAGACAUCGCAUGCGUUCAAAAUUAGGCAGUGAAGGAGUGACGCACGUUUUAUGCAGUUCAGGGUGUGGCAUACGCCCUGGGGCUCCUAUAGUCAGUCACGCGGCUGAGGGCACAUUCCAAUUAAUAGGAAUAGCAGCUGGCGGAGCCCCAUGCUCUCGUCGAUCUAUGAGACGACGCCUGAACAAAGAACCACCACUAUACAUUGAUGUGUACCCCUACGUUACUUGGAUUAUCAACUUCAUUUCCGCGCAUGUUUUGCCGCGGCCUUACCCAGAACACUUCAUGCUAGUUGAAGGGGGAACGAGUAUCGGAAUUCAUCAGCAGUAUCUCAGAACAAGAAGGAAACAAAAGGAAGGCUGGAAAGCACGUACAUACGUUUCAGGGGACUAUUGUUAUAAGAGCUUAAAAAAACAAAGAGCUACAGCAUUCUUCUAUUCGGAGAAAUUUGAAGUAAACGCUGAUCCACCAGCUAAAUUAUCGAUAUUCAUGCAGGUAUCAGCGGGCGUCGAAUGCACAAUAGUAUGUGCUCGUCUUUUGUUACCAAAUCGAUUGGUCACUCCAUUCAUAGACGGGGUCGGAGGCUAUAACAUAACUAUUUCAUUCAGCACAUUCUGGUUCCCUUAUACGUUUUACUUUUCACUCGGUUUAAAUGGAAAGAACACUACCGAAAGAGAUUUCAGGAACUGGAUCAGCGAAAGAAAACCCGGAUAUUGGUAG